UUCGCACUCCUACAUCUUUACCUUACAAGAGCAGUUAUUGCAUUUUCCCGUUGUUCAUCCCACUGCCAUGGACAGCGAAUUUGAUACCGAAGACUUUCCCUUCCCACGGGCUGUGUCGCGCGAGUCGUUUGCAGAGGGCACUGUAGGCGACUUCAGCCCCGACGAGUUCUUGUACAAGCACCACAGAUUUUCCGCCUUGGACGACCUCCACGACGAGCUCGGAAAGUUACUCCAACAAUUGGAUACAGAGUUGCUUAACUUGGUGAACAACGACUACAACGAUUUCAUCUCUCUCGGCCACUCCAUCGACGGCGGGUUGGACAUCAUCAACAGCAUCGAGAUCGACUUGAGCAGCUAUGAAAAGCAGUUGCUGGUCGAGCGCGAAAAACUCUCCCUGUCUGCCAAGUUGGUAGGCAGUGAUGUGAAGUUUCAAUACGCUACGUUCGAGCUCAAGUACAAAGCGCAGCUACUUCUCCUCCUUGACGAGCAAUUGACCCACUUCGAGCUGGUCUUUUCGCAGGCGAACUUCAGCGUCAAGCAGGUCCUCUCGUUAUUUCUCAUCAUCCACAAGCUCUACGCAGUGGUUUCAGGCUUUGAUAACGUCUUUUUAACCACUGUUCUCACGCCCAAGGUGAACCGCUUGCGCUUCGAGUUCCACACAGUUUUGGACGAGCAAUUGACGCAAUCGCUUCGUGAUGCAUCCGACCUGCGCGUUUUGCAGCUCUUAGAGGCGUAUACGGUAAUUGGUGAGGGGGCUAAGGCGUUACGGUUGAUCAAGGGAGAAGCGUAGUUCAUACUGGGUAUUGUCAUUCGGUAACUUGGGACAAGAAAAGCGUUAGUAUAACGUGAAAUUCGGAGGCAAAACCGGCGUGAGGUCAAUGUGCUUGUCCUUAACUGCCCAGUAUCUGAUCAGCCUACUUGGGUGUAAGAGCAAACUUAAAUAUCGGUAUUUGCACGAGGAUUUCGAUUUAAACUAGAUUUUACUUGUUUUGGGAAGGUGCAAACAUGGACUGCACGAUAAGGGCCUGGCUUAGACUUGUGAGGGUCCGUUUGACAUGGCACAUCCAUCUUGGAUGGCCCUAGGAAUAUAGUAAAUUAUUAUUAGCCUUAAGAAUAAAUAAUUUUAUAACCCGAGA